UACUGUAUAUACAUACAUAAAAUUACAUCAAAGAAGGACGUAAAGAUACGCUUCAUGUUCUUUUACUAUGUUUCUAAACGUCCUUUUUAUCGAUCUGUAAUUUCAAUUUUUCAACAAAUCCUUCUUUCUUUUUAGAUCUUGGCUUGGACAAAUUCCUAUUAAUUUGAUCUCCAGUUCUUUUUUUUUCUGAAAUUCCUCGGCAAGAUCUUCACUGGCCUGCUGCCGAAGCUGUACGCUGCUGAAUACGACGGCGCCGGUUUGCUUGUGAGAUCACUCUUUAAGUAGUAGACAUAGACAUAUUAUUGAAAACCAUGGGGACUGAAAACCCUGGUCGUCCGAAUUUUCCCAUGAGACCUCCCCCUGGCCCUUUUGCUUCUGCUCCGCCAACUAUGACUCCUUUUUCAUCAUCUAGACCUACCCCACCAAGUGCUUACCCAACUAUGACUCCUUUCUCAUCAGCUGGACCUAGACCACUAGCUCGUUUUGGCGAUCAAUCAGUACCACCUCCACCCGUAACAUCUGUUCCACCUGCUGGGGGACCUUAUCAGCAAUUUCCAACAUCACCGUCUCCUUCAACAGCUCAAGCCCCCCCCAUACGUGCACCACCCCAGGGGCAGCCACCAUUUCAACCUCGUGCAAGUCAAGCAUCUGCUUCAUCUGUUUCUUUCCCUCCACAAUCACAAGUACCACCAGUGCCAAUGGGAUCUUCACCACAAUCUGUAAAUUUUUCUCCAUCUGGUGUGAAUGUUCCUCAACCUCCAACAGGUUCAUUGUUUUCAGGGCCUAGACCCAAUAUUCAGCCAACUUUCUCCCCUCCAGAUUCAUCUUAUUCUGCCGCCAAAUCCACUUUCCAGCCACCUUUUCCUGGAUAUCCAAGCAAGAAAUCUGCAGUUUCUCAAACACCUUCACCUUUUCCUGCUCAGCAAGGAAGUUUUAUGCCUCCUCCACCAGCAUCAUCUUCUCCCUUUUCUAGUCAGCAAGGAAGUUAUGCUCCUCCUCCACUAGUAGCUGCUUCCUUGGGCUACCAGUCAAGGGGCCAAAUGCAGCAUCCUAGCUCUGCACCUCCUAUUGGUGGCAUCCAAAGCUUGACAGAAGAUUUUAGUUCACUCUCUCUUGCAUCUUUACCUGGAUCAAUUGAUCCUGGAUGCGAUCAUAGAACACUUCCUAGGCCAUUGGAUGGUGAUGUGGAGCCAAGUUCUUUCACCAAGAUGUAUCCUAUGAACUGCAAUCCCAGAUACCUACGGCUUACUACAAGUGGCAUACCAUCUUCUCAGUCUUUAGCUUCAAGAUGGCAUUUGACUCUUGGAGCUGUUGUCUGUCCUCUUGCGGAGGAUCCUGAAGGGGAGGAACUGCCAGUCAUUAAUUAUAUUUCAACUGGCAUUAUUCGCUGUAGAAGGUGUCGCACAUAUGUGAAUCCCUAUGUCACUUUUACGGAUGCUGGAAGAAAGUGGCGCUGCAACAUCUGCGCUUUACUAAAUGAUGUUCCUGGUGACUAUUUUGCCAACUUGGAUGCCACUGGCAGAAGAAUUGAUUUGGAUCAGCGGCCUGAACUUCUAAAAGGCAGUGUGGAAUUUGUUGCACCAACUGAUUACAUGAAUCGGCCACCAAUGCCGCCACUAUAUUUUUUUCUCAUUGAUGUUUCAAUAUCUGCAGUAAGAAGUGGCAUGAUUGGGGUUGUUGCUCAAACUAUCCGUUCGUGUUUGGAUGAGCUGCCUGGUUUCCCCAGAACACAGAUUGGUUUUAUUACUUAUGACAGCACGAUUCAUUUUUACAACAUGAAGUCGUCUCUUGCACAGCCUCAAAUGAUGGUAGUUUCAGAUCUGGAUGAUAUAUUUGUCCCAUUGCCAGAUGAUCUCCUUGUCAACUUAUCUGAAUCAAGAAAUGUUGUUGAAACAUUCCUGGAUAGCUUGCCGUCUAUGUUUCAGGACAAUGUGAAUGUGGAAUCUGCUUUUGGUCCUGCAGUUAAGGCAGCUUUCAUGGUUAUGAGUCAACUCGGAGGUAAGUUGCUAAUUUUCCAGAACACAUUGCCUUCCCUGGGAGUUGGACGCUUGAAGUUGCGUGGAGAUGAUCUUCGUGCAUAUGGAACUGAUAAGGAACAUUUAUUGCGAUUACCGGAAGGUUCCUUCUACAAGCAAAUGGCAGCUGAUCUUACAAAGUACCAGAUAGGGGUUAAUGUUUAUGCUUUUAGUGAUAAAUACACUGACAUAGCUUCCUUGGGAACCCUGGCAAAGUAUACUGGAGGUCAGGUAUAUUAUUAUCCGAACUUCCAAUCAAGCAUUCAUGGUGAGAAAUUGAGGCAUGAACUAGCCAGAGAUCUUACUAGGGAGACUGCCUGGGAAGCAGUUAUGCGCAUAAGAUGUGGAAAAGGAAUUCGAUGUACAUCUUAUCAUGGGAACUUUAUGCUGAGAUCCACAGAUUUAUUAGCACUUCCGACUGUAGAUUGUGAUAAAGCAUAUGCAGUGCAGUUAUCCCUUGAGGAGACACUGCUUACAACUCAGACAGUAUAUUUCCAAGCUGUUCUACUAUACACUGCAUCCUGCGGAGAGAGGCGCAUCAGAGUGCAUACAGCAGCUGCCCCUGUUGUUACAGAUCUAGGGGAGAUGUACCGACAGGCUGACACCGGUGCCAUCUUUUCUUUGUUUUGUAGAUUAGCAAUUGAGAAAACAUUGACCAAUAAACUUGAAGAUGCUAGAAAUUCUUUGCAACUAAGGAUUGUAAAAGCACUCAGAGAAUACCGCAAUCUCUAUGCUGUGCAGCAUCGCUUGGGAUCUAGGAUGAUUUAUCCAGAUUCUCUAAAGUUCCUGUGUUCGUAUGGAUUGGCACUCUCUAAAUCAGUACCUCUAAAAGGAGGAUAUGCUGAUGCUCAACUUGAUGAGCGUUGCGCAGCAGGUUUCACCAUGAUGGCAUUGCCUGUUAAAAGGUUGUUGAAGCUUUUAUACCCUAGCUUGAUUCGAAUUGAUGAGUAUCUUUUGAAGCCAUCUGCUCAAACUGAGGAUUUCAAAAACAUUAUGAAGAGAUUGCCUUUGGUUGCUGAAAGCCUAGAUUCAAGAGGCCUCUAUAUAUAUGAUGAUGGCUUCCGCUUUGUUAUAUGGUUUGGUAGAAUGCUUUCGCCUGAUGUAGCUAAGAAUUUACUCGGGGCAGAUUUUGCAGCAGAAGUAUCAAAGGUUAUCCUUACUGAGCAUGAUAAUGAAAUGUCAAGAAGGCUGAUGAGGAUAUUGAAGAAACUAAGAGAGAGUGACCCUUCAUAUUAUCAACUUCCUUAUCUUGUAAGACAAGGUGAACAACCCAAGGAAGGCUUGCUGCUUCUCGUAAAUCUUAUUGAGGACCAGAUGGGUGGCACCAGUGGUUAUGUUGAUUGGAUAAUGCAAAUACACCGGCAAGUCCAGCAAAACACAUGAUAUUACAGGUAGUUUUAGAGGUUGCUAAAUUUCAUCCAGUCUCCUCAGCUUAAGCUCAACAACCACUCCUUGAAUCCGGGAUAGACAUGAGAAGCAGUUUCUUCGAGUAAGCGGGAAACGGUAUAGCUCUUUAGUCACUCUAAAUAUUGGCCUCAUAUAUGGUUGGGAGCUCCUUUUUCUGAAAAACAUCAAUUGAAAGGCACCGUAACUUGCUUUUGCUUCUCACAACUUCAAUUCCGCAGGGGUUCAUCAUCUUCCCGAUCUAUUCCCAUCGCAUGUCAUAAAUUGUUCAUCAGUAUUUAAUCCGGGGGGUUCCCCUCAAAUCUUGUGUUGAAUACAUUGAAAAGAUUAACCUGAAGAUUUUGGGUAGACCUUUUUAUUCUUUUUGAAAAUAUUUUUAUUACAUGUAUCAAAAACUAGGGGAUUAGAGAUUGCAAUGCUUUCAUGGGUAAAAUGUACAACAGGUUAAAUUUUUGUACGAGACAGUUAAACUUUUCCCACCAAUUUUUGCCUUUUAAAAGAAAAAAAAAACUUUAGGGUUUUUGUUUA